AGAUGAAACGAAUUUACCUCGACCCCCAAAAUAUUAUCUUUAUCAGAUUUUCUGUUUUUCUGUUUUAAUUCUUUUUUAUCCACAAAAAUAAUGUCAACAUACACUACGACUUCCUCAGAAAAGCUUUUAUCAGCUUGUGGGGGUGCUCUCGUUACUUCGAUUAUGGUAACACCUAUGGACGUUAUAAAGAUGAGACUGCAGACCCAAAACGUUUACACUCCCCUUGCAAAAAACACUUGUUGUUUAACAUUCGACCGUUGUACAUUAACGCAGGCCAUGAAGUUCACCAAAAAGACCUUUUCGAGCAGAGGAAAAGUACAAGUAGCCAAACUACAUGAAUGUGCUCUACAACGUACCGCAAUAAAUUCUCAAAUUUUCAAAGGAACCUUUGAUGGUAUUUACAAAAUUGUGAAAUAUGAAGGUGUAGCUGCAUUAUGGAAGGGAUUAUCACCAGCAUUGUUGAUGUCUGUUCCGGCCAAUGUCAUUUAUUUCGUGGGUUAUGACUAUUUGAAAGACAUCAUUCAACCUUUUACUCAAACGAACCAAGCUGAUUAUUCACCCCUAUUGGCUGGUGCAUUCGCAAGAACAGUUGCCGUCACGAUGAUCUCACCUAUUGAGUUAUUCCGCACUAGACUUCAAGCAACUGCAACUACUGGUGUCAAUGAUUUUAAACAUGUGCUUGAUGGUGUUAGAAACAUGGUAUUAAAAGACGGUUCAAAAGCCCUCUGGAGAGGAUUGCCUCCUACCUUAUGGAGAGAUGUCCCAUUCUCUGCCAUUUAUUGGAUGGGUUAUGAAAGAUGCAAAGUGACUCUUGAAUCGUCUAACCGCCUGGCUUUGAGCGAACUCGAAGUUUCUUUUGCUGCGGGUGCCAUUUCAGGCAUGUUUGCUGCUGCCAUUACAACACCAUUUGAUGUUGCAAAGACUAGAAGACAAGUUGAUGUUGGUAGAGAGACACCCUCAUUAGGCGACUCUAGAGUUCCUGCUAUCCUCAAACAAAUCUAUCGGCAAGAUGGUGUUAGGGGCUUAUUCAGAGGAUUAACCCCCAGAGUAGCUAAAAUUGGCCCCUCUUGUGCAAUCAUGGUUAGCAGCUAUGAAAUGGGAAAAAUAUUCUUCUCCAAACAAAAGGAACUUUAGAUCCUCAAACCUUUAAAAUAUUCAUACAUUUGUCCAUAUAAUUCUUUCACUUACUCAUUUUAUAUAACCUUAUCCCCCUCUUUAAUAUCCCCACCCAACUCUCCAAGAAAAAAAAGUUUCUCCAUUGUAAUAAACUGACACAUUGUCUUUGCUAAAUUGU